AUGGUUGAUGGUGUUGAGGACCGGGUCAGGCGGCAUGUUAAGCGUGGAUAUGGGGCGGUGAAACGCUACGCAAAAGGCCACGCGACUGAAGCUGUGCUGGUAAGAAGAAGGGUUUCAGCGAGGCGCAGUAGCAUUAGCAGCGUGCUAGACCCAGACAAGACGGAUGUAUUCGGACUUGGGGUGCUUCAUGUCAGCACUGGGGAGCGUGGCAAGGAGAGAUCUGCAUCCGAGGCCGUGUGGUUGCGAGGACGUGGCCUGUGGGAACGAUUGAUGGACAUGCCCUACAGCCCACUUUUGAUUGACACUGCGGUCGACGGCAGCCAGGUCAUCGUCGCUGCCACGUUUUGGGGAUCUAUGACGACUUUGCCCAAGCCUUUGCCCUUACUCAGAUUCCACGUGGUGGGCAAGAGGCCUGUGGCAAAACCUUGUCCAACCUGGGGAAUCCAGGUCAACGGCGGCGGCUGCAGCUGGACGAAUACGACCGACGCCAACCACGACACGGCUGGGCAUAGUAUGAUGCACCUAGUAUACAACGAGAGUAUACUUGGAUGCUCAAACGACGGCCGCCGGCCUUGGGGUCGGGCCAAUGACAGCAGCCGUUCCACGACCAACGGCCCAUCCCAUUCCCACACGGGGAAAGGCAGUCCGACUCGUGUGCCGCUCCUCUGCCGUGUUCAUGUCGGCUGCAGGCUGGAGAAACAGGCAAAAUGCAACCAGGCCUCUGGGAUGGCCGGUCCUAGCCUCAGCCAGCCAUUGCUCGAGAGUACUAGCAGCCUACUCUAUGUAGAGUACACCCGUAUGCCCAGCGCCCGCCGCCAUGGCACACUUGCAUGCCCACUCGGCCUUGCAGAAGAUUUGGGACAACGCAAAUGCACUCUACGAGAAUCAGGCUGCGUCUCCGGAAAUUUCAUUUGGGCCUGCGCUUCUGAUCGGUGCGAUGGGUAUCCUGCUGACGGUACCCUGCAGCUCGCUUACAUGAUCCACGAAUCGAAUCAUCCACAUUUCGAUACGGCUUCUCCUGUGAUCCUCCAGAUCCCGCCACGUUCCUGCAUACCUUGCCUGCAGAUCCCUGCGGCUGCCGAUUUGCUCCCAAGCCGGCCCGGAAGAGGCAAUAUGCCCAACGCUGCAGACACCCCAAACACCCCGGUCAUAGCACCGCACAAGCAGCAUACAGAGGCCUGCCAACCACAAUCCCUCUCGUACUUGUUCACCUGA